AUCGCCUCCUCCUCCCCCAGCAAACACCUGCCCGGUUAGUGACCAAGAUAAGUUGAAGAAAUGCAUGUUUGAGAAAACUUCAAUUGACAAAUGUUGCCCGACAUUCAAGAGUAUACUCAUGACUAGUUGCCCUUGCUAUAAGUAUGCUGAGGAUUUGGACAAUCAAGUCUUGAUCACUCUUGAAGCUUAUUGUGAUGUCAGUAACCCUUGCCAAGCCCACCCCCUCCUCCCUCAAAAUCGCCUCCUCCCGCCCCGGAAGAAGCCUGCGCGGCUAGUAACCAAGAUAAGUUGAAGAAAUGCAUGCUACAGACAAUUGUAACUGACGAAUGUUGCCCGACAUUCAAGAGCAUACUCAUGCAUAGUUGCCCUUGCUACAAGUAUGCUGAGAAAUUUGACAAUCAAGCCUUCAUCACUCUCAGAGCUUAUUGUGAUGUCGGAAACCCUUGCAAGAGUGCGCAAAGCCCUACCCCCUCCUCCCCCAAAAUUGCCUCCUCCCACCCCGGCAACGACUUGCCCGGCUAGUAACCAAGAUAAGUUGAAGAAAUGCAUGCUCCAGACAAUUGUAACCGACGAAUGUUGCCUGACAUUUAAGACCAUACUAAUGCAUAGUUGCCCCUGCUAUAAGUAUGCUGAGAAAUUUGAUGACAGAACCUUAUCACUCUCAAAGCUUAUUGCGAUGUUGGAAACCCUUGCAAGAGUGCGCAAGUAAUUAAGCUAUCCAAUGACGAGUAAAGAUGAAGUGAUUAACGCUAAUUAACUCCAGAUCUUGUAUUAGACUAGUUAAUAAAUUAUGUUUUAUUAUUUCCGUCUUGUAGGACUUUUUAAUUUCUAGGGUAUACUUGUAAUGUUGUGUAUCCGCAAUAUUGUUAGUACAAAUAAAAAAUAUAUUUUGUUGA